AUGGUCCCACUGUUUCGCAACGCGGGCAGCAAAAGGAAAAAAAGCAAAGGCGGCGAGAGCUCCAAGGAGAGGGCGGCAUUAGGUCAAGAUAGCUUCCUGCUUGCGUCUCGACCUCUGUCGCCGGACCUCAAGAUCAGACCUCCCUCCCUCACCUUUUUUCUUUCUCCCCUCCCCGCCUAUCAGAGGGGCGUCACACGUGGGUUUCACUCUAUCCCCCAGCUGGACGGACAACACAAACUUCAAAAAAGGGAGGACGACCCGCCGGACAGGACGCGCGAGACGGUGACUGGAACGCUCGCUCUCUCAGUAUUCACUGCUGUUCUGGGAUCUUUCACUUUUGGCUAUAACAUCGGAGUCAUCAAUGCACCCCAGAAGUGGACGGGUCAAUGGGGCGCAGGUGGACCGUGUCGGGGGGGGGGGAUUCACCCUGGUCAGAUCCAACAUCUGAGCUGCAAACACUCACAAAUCCGUGUCUGGGUUGCUUCCAGGAGGAAAGCCAUGCUCAUGAACAACAUGUGGGCCUUCCUGGGCGGGAGUCUGAUGGGGAUGUCGAAGCUCUGCAGCUCGUUCGAGAUGAUGAUCCUCGGGCGUUUCAUCAUCGGGGCCUACUGUGGGUUGGCGUCUGGGUUGACGCCGAUGUACGUGGGGGAGAUCGCCCCGACGAGUCUCCGGGGGGCUCUGGGCACGCUGCACCAGCUGGCUAUAGUCCUGGGGCUGGAGUCGCUGCUCGGCAGCGAACACCUGUGGCCCGUUCUGAUGGGCCUCACCGUUGUUCCCACCGUGCUACAGAUGGGCCUGCUGCCCUUCUGCCCCGAGAGCCCUCGCUUUCUCUACAUCAUCCGUUGUCAGGAGCACCACGCCAAAAGCGGCUUGAGGAGGCUAACGGGCCGGCAGGAGGUUGGCGACAUGCUGGCCGAGAUGAAGGAGGAGAAGAGGAGGAUGGACAUGGAGAGGAAGGUGUCCAUCCCCGAGCUCUUCCGGUCCACGCUGUACCGCCAGCCCAUCAUCAUCUCCAUCCUGCUGCAGCUCUCCCAGCAGUUAUCUGGGGUCAACGCGCUUUUCCUUGUGGAGAGGAUGGGCCGACGGACACUUCACAUGUUGGGAUUGGGAGGAAUGUGCAUCUGUGCCAUCAUCAUGACCAUGGCUCUGGCUUUACUGGAGGCCGUUCCCUGGAUGAGCUACAUCAGCAUGCUAGCCAUCUUCGGCUUCGUGGCCUUUUUUGAGAUUGGCCCGGGUCCGAUCCCCUGGUUCUUUGUCGCCGAGCUGUUUUCUCAAGGUCCGAGGCCAGCUGCCAUGGCCGUAGCAGGCUUUUCCAACUGGACGGCCAACUUCAUAAUCGGCAUGAGCUUCCAAUAUGUUGCAGACCUCUGUGGGCCGUAUGUCUUCCUGAUCUUCGCAGCACUCCUCCUUUUCUUCCUCAUCUUCACAUUCUUCCGGGUGCCAGAGACCAGGGGCAAGACCUUCGACCAGAUAGCAGCCAGCUUUAGCCAGCGCUCAGUGGGAGGGAUGAUGGAUAUGGACAUUGAUAUGGACAUGGACAAGCCCAGCACUGAGCUUGACUACUUAGGGGAGGAAAGCAUCAACUAG